CUCUAUGUAAAUACAUGUUCCAGAUUAAUUAAUAGUAAUAAUAUACAUCUAAAUUUGUUUUUGUGCAGGUACGGGUGCAGGCCUUCUAGUUUUACCUAUCUUCAUUUGGUUUUUGUAUUGGGCAAUUCAGAGAAGAAGCAAACUCAGAGAAAAAAUCUUCCAACAAAAUGGAGGGUUUUUAUUGCAGCAACAAAUGGAUAAGAAUAGAGGGGUCAAGGAUAUUGCCAAGAUUUUCACCACGAAAGAGCUAAUGAAGGUAACCAAUAACUUCCAUGAGAGUCAGAUACUUGGGAAAGGAGGGUUUGGUAUAGUUUAUAAGGGAAUCUUACCAAGUGGAAAAUUAGUUUCCAAUAAGAAAUCCAUUAUAAUGGACAAAGGCCAGAUUAUACAGUUUAUAAAUGAGGUUUAUAUCCUCUCUCAAAUCAAUCACAGACACAUAGUGAAGCUCUUGGGUUGUUGUUUGGAGACAAAGGCUCCAUUGUUAGUUUAUGAGUUUGUCUCCAAUGGGACCCUCUUCCAACAUAUCCAUGGUGAUAAUCUUUCAGGGGAAAAUCGUUUAAGAAUUGCUGCGGAAAUGGCCAAUGCACUUGCCUAUUUGCACUCUUCUCAUUCAGAGCCUAUCUUCCAUAGGGAUGUCAAGUCUUCUAUAUUACUAGAUGAUAAAUACAAGGCUAAAGUAUCUGAUUUUGGAGCUUCAAGACUGGUUCCUCUUGAUCAAACUCAAAAAAUGACAGGAAUUGAAGGGACUCAUGGGUACUUAGACCCUAAUAGAGUGAAUGAUAUCCUUGAAUUAUGA